UCUUCCAGUAACACUGCAAGACCCGUCGCAGACUCAACAGUGAAAGCGGUACAGUGUCUCACUUUAGUCCACUCUAACAUGCUCCUACCGCCGAGAAAAUAAUUAUUAUUAUAUAAAAUAUAGUAAUCGAUCGGUGAAGAUUGUAGUUAGAGUCCUACUUCCGAGAUAAUAAUUACAUAAAAUAUUGUAAUCGGUCAGUGUAGAUUGUCCCAGUUUUUCGACAGUUCUUAUCAGUUUUGAAACGAGAUAUUAUCAACGACUGUUCACAAUUUUAUUGGUUUUUUGAAAGUUUUAGAACGGGAUAUCUUCGGCUGUACUCGACUUUGUUGUCAUUGAGAGACGUGGUAUUUUGUCUAUUCAUUUUCUGAACAUUAUCUGUGAUUGUUUCAUAUAAAGUAUUCUAAUCCUUUCAGUGGAGAUUCUAAUUGGGGGCCCGGUUUUUUGACAGUUUUAGAACGGGAUAUCAUCGACUAUACUCAAAUUUGUUGUUAUUAAGAGACGUGGUUCGAGUUUUGUCUAUUUAAUUUCUGAACAUUAUUUGUAAUUGUUUAUUAAGAGACGUGGUUUAAGUUUUGUCUAUUUAAUUUCUGAACAUUAUUUGUAAUUGUUUUAUAUAAAGUAUUGUAUUCGUUCACUAUAGACUCUAGUUGGGAACCCGGUCUUUUGACAGUUCUUAUCAGCUUUAGAACGGGAUUAUCAUCGACUGUAGGCUACUCAACGUUAUUGUCAUUCAGAGACGUGAUACAAUUUUUGUAUAUUUAUAUUUUGAACAGUAUUAUUCAUAAUAAUUGUUGAUUGGGUCCGUGAUAUUUGUUUAACCCACUUUUCAACAUUUUAUUAUAGUAUCUAUGAUUUAGACUGUGACAUCUGUUGUAUUUUUUACUUUUGAGGAGAGUUUCUGGAAGUAAAGUUGUAAUUAUUUGAGAACAAUAAUAUUAAUCACGUGAUAACUGUUGUGGGCUUAUCAGUGUGGUGGAUUAAACGAAGCUGACGGCUUCCAUAGUGGAAUAUGGAGCCAGCAGCCCUAAUCUUCAGUACAACAGUACUGCCAACCUAUAAGGACAAAAUGAGCAUGGACGUUAUCACAGAGCAUGUUGGCAACCUCUCCACGUGUACUACUGAAAUUCUACCUUCUAUCGACGAGUACUAUACAG